UUCCGGCUUCUGUCAGCCAGCUUCCUGAUUGGAUAGUUUCCUUCACGUGACACGGCGUCUAGCUCUAAACACCGUUUAAUUCUAAACAUACAAGUGUUCGAAAAUUGUGACUUUAUGAAAUCGUUCAUGGAGGGAAAUUAUGUGGUUACAGUCCAAUUAAGUAUGGAUAACUCAUAGACAUCUUAUAAGUAGACGCAGCAUCGAGCGCUGCUGCCUACUGGCGCUGACGAGACGCUGGGUCGCCAUCUUGGAGUGGUGAUCCGCUCCACUCAGUGCAAUUCAUUUGGCAGGAGCAAUGAACUGUCAGCGCAUUUAAUUCAUUUUACCUCACUGAAUACCACUGAUUUUCACGCGGUUUUUUUGUCAUACGUGUAGCUAUGAUAAAGGACACAUAUUAUUCAUAGUAUGCUUACCAGUAAUAGAAUACUUAUAAAAAGAUAUCUAUGGGAUACUCCUCUCGCUCAAAUCGGCUGUGCCGCGGUCAUCUCGCGAGAUCUCAUCGGCGUCGUCCCAGUAGCCAAUCAGCGCAGAGCAGCGCAUCCCUCCACAGCCGCCCGACGCUUCACUCCAGUGGGCGCGAUCCGAGAGGGAGGAUGGUGCGCACUUUGACGACAUGAAGCGGUCCUGGUGUGUGACGGAGAUCGGGGAGCCAUGCUCGGUCCCAGCGCGGCGACGUCCCCGAUGAGCACUUUACAUACCCGGAGCACAUCGAGCUGCAUGCAGGCGGCAGCCUGCUACAUCUCCCCUGGAGCCUUUGGGAGUCUCCUCUCCUCAGAGUGACGCCAAAUCAACGACUUCUCCUGGAGCUCCCAUGAGCACGUCGUCCUCCCGACAUGGCUGAGGAGAGCAGCGUGGGCCGGCAGCUGGAGAGCCUGGAGAGGAGCGUGGUGUUCCUCAGGCAGGAGCAUCUCACUUUGCUCCACGGGCUCCACCGGGAGAUCCUCUCCUUGCAGAGACGAUGCUCAGAGUUGACAAAUGAUCUGAAGGUGAAGCCUCAAGGAAGAAGCCAACUCGAAAUCCAGGAGGAAGAGGAGGUGCUGGAGGUGCGCUGCAGGGACGUGGAAGAGCGUCUGGCGGAGCAGGACUGCACCAUAGUAGAGAUCCGCAAGGAGCUAGGCCACAAAGGCGCUCUGGUGGGAGCCCUGCGCGCCAAUCUAAAGGAGAAAGAGCGCCACUUCCUGGAGGAGCUGAAGCGACGCAGCCACUGCUCCACCAUCCUGAACACGGAGCUGCAGAAACAAACGGAGGCGGCGGCGUACCUCUCAUUCCAGCUGCACGCCGCCAAGCAGAAGCUGCAGCAUCAGCGGCUGCAGCAGAGACAGGCGCUCCUGUCCAGAGCCUCCGGUCAGGGUCCUCAGUGCGUCUCCCCGGCAGCGACCCCUUCCUCCCCUGUGGUGAAGCCCAAACGUAAGAGCGCCAGGGCCUCCUCCAGAGUGGAGCGCGCCCGAGAAUGCGUGCCCACGGAGAAAGUGACGGGCCCCGCCGAGCCGGCCGCCAUGCCGGACCCCGCCCUCUUCCUUCACCCCUGGAGGGUCAGGGUGCGCUCCAGGCCAGGUCUGAUGCAGAUGCCACCUCUGGGAGGGGAUGGGGAGGAAUCAGGAGACCAAAGUGCUGUGGCGCCACAGGAGCGUGCAGCCAGGCUGGUGUCUUCAACUGCAGCGCCCCCUGCUGCUGAGACAAAGGCAGAGUAGCAACAUUCUUACCUUUCGCUUCCGUCAACACUGUUAAUUGACUGAGCUGAUCUCCUAGGUAACACCUUUUUAACAACACAAUGAACAGGAACGUGUCACUUUAACUAAGUCAGUGCUUGAAUGGAGGAGAACGACGUGUUUACACGGGUGUCGCUUGUACACCGCGGGGGCCUUAUCCCAAAGCAAUCGCUUUUUCAUCCAUUUUUGGAACGCUCUUCUUUUCAGAACAACUGUGAGCUGAACCGGAACGCAGCAAAUCAGUUUUUGUGUGACCGAAGACAUCUGCUGAGACGAGCGCGUCCAACAUUUCAAACUAAGCCAUGCGUCAUCAUUGAGCUAAAUAACUUUAACCGGUCAACUCUAAUGACUCCCUUAUUAAGCAUAUGAAAUCACACUAAUAUGCAAUAUUAUACACAUGUUGUAGAACACACACUGUAAAAUGUCAAACAUAUCCGCAAACAAACACUUCUUAGAGACAUUUUAAAACAAGUUGGCAUAUUUUGAAUAGAAAAAAACAUGUUUUGUGCUUCAGGUUAGGGUGUGUCAACAUAAUGUGUGUGUUUGCGUUGUAGAAACAGCUGCUCCGUUGUGACACCUUUUGUGUCCCAAACAAACACAACUACUUUGCUUGAGGUACCUCCUUUGUAUUUAACUUUUAGGGAAAAUGGAGAUUUGCUGACAGUAUGUUUUGGUCAAUGAUAUUUUGUUUCAUGGAAUACUCAAAAAAAUAUUGGUUUAUUUGGAAAUAAUACAAAUAUAUUAAUUAAUAUUAUAUAUAGGUAUUAUUAUGUCAUAAUAAUAAUUAUAUCAUUACAUCUAAUAAUGUAAUAUUUAUAAUAAUAAUGAGAAUAAUAUAAAUUAUUUAUAUAUCACAAUAUUAAUGAUUAAUUAUUUAACUAUUAAUUGAAAAAAACUCAAUUGACAAAGCGUGUUCAAAAAGCUUUAACUGAUCCAGGUUUGAUUUUUACUACUUUACGAUUCAUUUUUGAAAUCAGAUUAUUCAUGAUUAAUCACAGGUUACUACUCGUUUGCAUAAUUAAAAUAACUUUUGAAAAAAAGACCUCAAUAUUUGGACACAAAUGCAAUUUUAUUGUUAGAAUGUCGCACAGGAACAUUUUGUGUGUACAAGCAGAUCAUUUCUUGGCUCAAAAGAUUUUCAUCUAAAAUAUUUUCAGCAUUUAUUUUGAAGUGAAAUUAUUUUUCAAAAUGAAAUGAAAAUAAACCAUUCGUUUUUGGUUCUAAAAAUCCUUUUCAUGAAAAGAACAUUCUGUGACCCAAACAUACAUUGACGUAGUUGCUUUUUUCGUAUGGUUUGUUAUGCAAAGAAGUAAGCUGUUUUAGUUAGAAUGGCCGGAUGUGACGCGCCAUGCUAUUACUGUGAAGGCCGGAAGCGUGUGACACGUUGGGGAAGAGUGCUGCGUUUUGGUUCGAGACUUGGGGUGGGCGAUACUAAGACUUUUUGUAUCGGUUUGAUACCAAGUAAUACUGGUACCGAUACCUUUAAGUUGAAAGUUCAUCCAUGAAUUUUUUAUUAUUUUGUGAAUUUUGCCUUUGGUUAGUUGAUUCUAAUUAUGUGAACACAGGAACAUUAUGCAACGCGUUUUCAUGAGAGAUUAGGGGUGGGCGAUACGGGUAAUUGAUUCGAUACCAGGUCAAUAAAUAGCAAGUAUCGCCGAUACUGAUACUUAUAACUUGGAAGUCAUGAUCAUUGUAUGCUUUCGUGAAUUUUGCCUCCCGUUAGUUGAUUAUGAUUAUGCGAACACACAAAAAAAGUAUUUAUUAAUUAAUUAAACAAUUUAAAACAAUACAAUAGUAUACAAAUAAAAAAAAUCCCUUCUUACGUUCUACUAUUUACAGUUGUUUGAGGGGAAAAAGUCACAAUGUAACUAAAAUAUAAACAUUAAAAUGUAAACCCAAAAACGUCCAUUAAACGCAGAUAUUUGUAAAAAAAAAAAAAAAAAUACAAGGUCAUUUGUUAGAAGAGCAGAGAGUCAAGGGUCAACGUGGGCAGCAGAGAGAGAAAGGAGUAUCAGUCCUAUCAUGCUAGUAUCGACCCAAUACCAAUACCCAGAAGUACAGAAGUGCCUCCCCACCACUGCAACUACGCUUUUCCCAGCUAUGCUAAAGGCGAGUUAGCAGUGGCUAACUUUGCUAACUGUCAACAUAUUUUCUUUAUUCCGUCUGUGGGAAAGCUGCACCGGAUUAAUCUCAUUGAUGUAACUGAGAUGUGGCCCAAGCUCAAUAGUAAGGAAGCACGUCUUCAUUUGCAACAGACUCGACAAGAGAUCUCUUUUUCCCACCAGUCACACACUUCCGGCCUUCACAAUAACGGCAUGAUGGUCCAACUGCGCUAACACAAUGAAACAUGUCUUACACAAAUGAGGACCUCUGGUGUAGGAAGAAGCAAACUUUGAAUAAUCCUACCGUCAAUGUGUCGUUUUGUAGUUUUUAAUAUUGUUAUGUAUAUCCAAUACUCCAUUGUAAUGGUUGCUUCAUAAUAAGACAAACAAUUAAACGAAGGAUUAGUUUUAGAAAAAAUGUAAUCUGUCAUUGGAGAUUUAAUUUUUGAUGUGAGUAGUGGCGAUUGUAGCUGUGGGCAAUGACAUUCUCUAAGGGGCGCCACCAGGAAGGAGGUGGAAAAACAGUUAUUUGCUCUUCAGGUCAGGACUGUGUCAGAUGGGUGUCCUCUACAGCAGUGGUCCCCAACCACCGGUCCCGGUCUGUGACACAUUUGCUACCGGGCCGCAGAGAAACAUUAAAUAAUGUAUAAAAGACUGCAUUUUCUCCAACUUAGCUUUGGCCUGUCCCACUCGACCAGGGGUGUCAAACUUGUUUUCAUUGAGGGCCACACCGCAGUCACGGCUGCCAUGAGAGGGUCGCUAGUAACAGUAAACAAUUGAGUUUAAAUAUAUUUUUUUAAAUUUCUUACAUAGAGAGUGAAAAAUAUCUGCGGAUUGUACCACUGUUUUUUACAGAAAAAAAGUUGCCAGACUUUUACUGUAAAAUAUAUGGUGUUUUUUAUUUAUUUAUUAUUAUUAUUUUUACAACAUAUUAUUGUAAAUAGAAAUACAGUACCGCUGUUUAAUUUUAUUUUGGCAACUUAGCUGCCAGUUUUUUUUACCAUAAUAAAAUGUGGUACCAUAAAAUCAUCAACCGCGUAUUUUCCAGUAAAAAACAAAAAACUGACAGCUCAGUGGACAUAAUUUUACUGUAAAAAAACACACAUUGGUCGUUUUUUUUACAAAACCCGUUUCCAUAUGAGUUGGGAAAUUGUGUUAGAUGUAAAU